AUGGACGAGGGCAUCGGAAACCUCACUUCGGCCAUCCAGCAGCGAGGCUUUUGGGACGACACGGUGCUGAUCUUCUCAGCGGACAACGGCGCCCCCACCAGCGGCGCCAGCUGUGGCAACAACUACCCCCCGCGCGGCGGCAAGACGAGCGAUUUCGAGGGCGGCGUCCGCGCCAAUGCAUUCGUGGGCGGCGGCUACGUGCCCCCUGCCGUUCGGGGCAAGGUGCACACAGGCUUGAUGCACAUCGCCGACUGGUACGCGACGCUCUCGGCGCUUGUGGGGGUGGACCCUGUCGACGACUCCCAGCGGAUCCAGAAUGGGUCUCCUGGGAGUGGCGUCCCAGGGAUCGACGGUGUAGAUCAGUGGCCCUUCAUCACGUCGCCGAACGCCAGCGCGUCUGCGAGAGACGAGAUCGCAUUGGCAUUUUGCACGAACGUUGGUGGCGCCCCUGACGAUUGCGUAUCGUCGACCAAAGGUGUUAUGGAUACCUCAAGGUAUGACCAGGGAGCCCUCAUUGCGGACGGCGGGCGCUGGAAAGUGGUUUUCGGGCAGCAGCACGGUCUGGGGUUCUUCACUGGACCGCUGCAUCCAAACGGCACCAAGAAUUACAGGGACGCCGGCUGUCCUUCGGGUUGCCUCUUCAAUCUUUUCGAUGAUCCAACAGAGCACACCGAUGUCAAGGAGAAGUAUCCGCACGUCUUCUCCAGGCUCAGGUCGCGCCUGGAGGAAAUCGGGAAGACGGUGUUCCAGACGAGCUACACCGAUGUGCCGCAGAGCAGACAGUGUCUCUCUGAGAGCGAUGCCGCUGCCAAGUACAACGGGCACUUGGGCCCACAGUGUGUCGCUGACGGAUCCGGUUCUGCGCCUGUCCGACUCGUAUGA